AUGGAAGCCAUAUACAACUCCGAUAUUACACCAGGGGCGUGUAAAAAGUUUCGCAAGGACAAGCGCCCUAAGAGUUACGGCGGAACGGGACAAACAAUUUUCCCUCCUUAUUGCCGCCCGGCGGACGGGCUUUUGCUGGGGAGGGGCUCAUAUCUGCGAAACAAUAAUGAGUGGGAUUUAUUAGCUAGUACUCUACAGAACCCAAUUCUCGGGGCAGGCAUGCUAUCAGAAGAAGCGAUCAGAGCUCAACUCUGUAUAUAUAUAAACACUUCGUUCUUCUCAAUGAUUCCAGUCCUUCAUCUCAAAGCUUGA